AUGGAGCUCGGGUCCGCCGAAGUCGAGGUCCGCCACGAUGCGACGCGUGGCCGCGGUGUCUACGCAAAGGCUGCGCUGCCAGCCAACCAAGUCGUGCUCAAGGACUCGCCCAUCUCGGUAGCAUCAGCCCACGAAGUCGAUAGCGAUGACGAUAGCGACAACGAGACGGAGACCACGCCACCGCUUGUCUGCUGCGUUUGCAAGCGCUUCGUGGGCUCAGUGCCGUUGCAACUGCAUUACCUCGCCGGUAGCUUUCAGCUUCUCUCGGGCAUGUGCAGUGACGAGCGCUGUGUGCAACCGUUGCCAGCGUCGGUCCAGGCCAUGACCGCGCAGCCGACGCUGCCCAACAUGCCACCCGCGUCGACACCAGUCUACUUGACCAACGUUGUCUGCUCGAAGAUCUGUGGCGACGUUCUGCACGCGCAGCCGACGAACGUCUUUUCUUCGAUCUUCCAGCGGAGCGAGCCUUUCCAAGCGCACAACGCGGUGCUCAAGCAUCUCUCUCUUGUCACAGCCAUACUCGCGCGUAUUUACUACCGACUCUGCGUACAAGCGCGGUUGUCGGGCGCUCUCGACUGGGAAGCCGCCGUCCACGACAUUCUGCACCUCGAAGCUUGUCCGUUGCUCGCCCAGACGAUCGACAAUGACGCCGCAUCGGCCGCGCACGCGUACAUGCUGCGUGCGUUCUCUUCCAAGUCCAAAGUCUCAGCUGCGUUCCAAGCACACGUCGACUUGGCCUUUUUCGUGGGGCUCCUCGGGCGGGCCAAGGUCAACGCCGUCGGUGUCGAUGUCCCGUCGCCCAUUGUCCCGUACUUUCUCUCGUGCGAAGGCGAUCCAGCUACAAAAGCUGAUCUAGUUGCUCAAGCCGCACCGCUGCUUGAGCGCGUGCUCCAAAAGCUCUGCCACAUGGGUGACGACGACGACGGCGACUCGGAAGUCGAGCCAUCGGACGACGACGAAUCGAACGACGAGUCAGAUGACGCAUCGGAUGACGCGACCGACGCCACGGACGCGACAGACGUCACGGACGACCGGAAGCGAGCAAAUCCAGACGCCGACAAUGGCUCUGAUGACGAAGACGAGGACAUUCACUUUGUUUGGUCCACGGCGGACGACGGCAGCGCUGGCUGCGACAUUGAGUUCAACUCGUCGGCGUUCCCGUCCAUGGAUGGGACCGCCCUCUUCCCCCGCUUCUCGAUGCUCAACCACUCGUGCGCACCCAACUGCGGCUUUACGUACGUCAACGAGACGGACAUCACGGUCUUCACGACGCAGGACGUUGCGCCUGGCGACGAGCUCACCAUCUCGUACAUCGAGCGCCACGCACCAGUGAGUGCGCGCCAAGCCGACCUCCGCUCCCGCUACAACUUUACGUGCGCGUGUGUCCGUUGCACGACCGAGCUCGCCGCGGGCAAAGGCAAGCGGAAGCUCCAGGACGCCACUGACAAACCUCGCAAGAAGAUGGCACCAUUGGCGUCGUCAUAA